CCACGUGAAGUUAUUUGUCGCGUGACACACCCAACACGUGACAAUAUUACAUAUGAGAUCAAUGGAUUUGUUGUCCGUGUCAAACGAGAGUGUUGUGGUACUGCGGAAGGUUGGAUUUAACUUGUCUGGUAACUUCAGCUGCGAAGUGACAGUGGAAGCCCCAUCCUUCUCUACGGCCACGGUCUAUCAGCAAAUGUUGGUUGUCUCUCUACCGGAAACACCGCCAGUGAUCUACACGGAACAUGACCGCUACGAACCGGGCGAUACUCUGCGUGCCAACUGCUCUUCACCACCUUCCAAACCAGCAGCCAGCCUCAGCUUCUUCCUGAACAAUAUACCGGUGGGUGUGCCCGAGGUCCGUCAAUACAGAACAAUGCCAGACACUCAACAGCUGAGCUUUCUGUCCCUUUCGACUACACUGUUCCCAACGCACUACCACAACGGACAGCUUAUUCUCAAGUGCACUGCCCACGUCACCACUUUGUACCGCAAGACAACGGAAGUUCACCUCAGCUCCAGAGCCAGAGAGCCCAUUCCAGAGAGGGUUACGUCACAGAAUGCAUCACCACGGUUAGCUACGACUCUGCAUCUGCUGCUGCUGAUACUGGGCUCACACAUUGCAAGAUAGCUUCAAGAUUUGAAGUAUCCUAUCCGUCUCUCCAACAUCUUCGUCUAAAUAAGUCACGACCGACCUCUGCAACGUUUGUAUGUAUGUUACAUGUGUUCAGUGUUAACGACAUUCACAACGUAGGAGACAUACUGGAAUAACAUUACUAGUCAAGUGAAAUGUUACCAACUUAAAAUGUGGCUAAUGAAAGAAGAAAUAAAUUUCUAUCGAAGUAAGACAUAUUACAAGACAUUAAGUGUCAUUAACGUCCGAAAAACUUUUGCGGAAAUUUAUAGUGUUAAGAAUAUUUGUUGGAACAGCCUGAGUGGGACAAUACAUCAACAGGCAAAAGGAUGCAGUGCAAAUCAAAGUCUGGUGUAAAAUUAGCAGAAGAUUAGGCGUGAAUACGUUACUUACGGAAAUUAUUUAAAAUCUGAAGAAUAAUUAGAUCUGGAGAAAUAAUCCCAGGAGACAGGUUGUAAAUUUGUCUGUCAAGUUGUCCACAUUUUUACAGUGGCUUCUAGGAAACGUAGCUUCCAAAAUAAAGAGAAAAUACUCAUAAGAUCCCACAUCCAGUAAAUACAUACAAUAAAACAUUAAAUGAAAUGCAAUGAUCAAAACAAGUUAUUUUACGAUUUUGUGUAAUGGAUUCAAGAUAAGCAAAACAACUAGUCAUAACGGUAAUGGAUUUUAAUGCCGUCUUAUGCAAGACAUCGUUAAAAUGCUAAAAGCCUCGUGGAAAAGAGUAAAGUUACCAUUUAUGGGUGUUAACAUUACAUUAGUAGUAUGGGAUAAAGAAUUUGAUGUACAAAAACAAUCCGUAAUCUGUUAAAAGCUCGCUCAAAUUUCUUUCUUAAUAAAAAGUAAAUUAUUAGAGUUGUGAUUAAUAUAUGUGCCACGCUGUUGAAUAUUUGUGUACGAAAUCAUUUGAGAGCAUAAGCGAGAAGGGGAAUGGUUAAAUGCGUUGAGAACUAGGUAGUGCCGGUAGGUAAGAGGUUCAUACGUAGGUAGGUUGUAGCACAUUAGGGACAAUUUAUUACAACUGACAGUGAAUAUAGCACCUAACUAUGGGAAAGUUAUACCAACUUUAAUUUAUCGUAACAUCGUUAAGGCCUAAUAACUUAAAGACAAACUGCCACGAUAUGGAAGUACUGUUACGACAAGGAGAACUGGCACAGAUGGGCUCGUACAGACACAUUUGGAUUAGGAGAUUUUAUUUCGCAAUACAUUCAUGAUUUUUACCCGAAAACUGAGAUUGUUUCAGAGAUAUGUACUGGAGUAAUAUUGCUUUUACGUACACUGAAACCCUCGGUAAUUUUAGCGAAUAGUUUUAUUUAUCGUCACAAGUAUUUUUAAUUAUGGAAAGGCAGAAAAAUGUCAUUGUAAUUAAGAAAAUAUGGAAAUAUUUUGGUAUUAUCACCGUCACACAAAUUUUUUACAACCCCAUAUAAAAAUGUAAAGUUCGUGAAAUUACUUGUAAAAAAAUUGAAUUUUUCCAAUACAGCAAUCCAUGGCUCCUGCAUUAAACUGUCCUACUUGUAAUGCAUGUAUGGCUAUUUACUUGCACAAUCCAGUAAUUCUUAUUUAUGUGGAUUAUUACUUCUUAAAAAGACAGUCAAAUUUGUACAUGUAAACGGAAUUUAGUAUUUCGAGAACCUUAAGAGGGCUUGUUGGUCAAGAAUGUAAUCAGCACUAGAACAGAACCAAAACUACAGAGUUAACUUGGCUUAAACAAGAAGGAAAGCCCGAAAAGUUUUAAAUAUGGUCUUUAAAAUGUGAAUAACAAAUUACGAUAAUAUUUAUGGAAUAAGCAAAAUUUGUGUUAUGAAUCUAAGUGAACGAACACAACACCGACAGCCAAACAGUUCCAACUGAAAAGACACCAGAAUCCUUGUUUAAUCAUAACUCGUACUAUAUUCUCUGAGACUCGUUACAUUAAUGUUUAACCGGGAUUAAGAGAGUUUCCGCAUUGUUCUUCGGUUCUGAAUUGCUUAGAAACUAAUGUGACCUAAUAUCACUCAUCUUGCCUGCAAUCUGCAGGCAUAUUCAACAACUAUUCGAAAGAUCUGGAAAUUUGCGAUCCUUCAGAAAUAUGGGUGUAUCGAUGAUUUUGAAAAACAUGCAUAACUCGAAAAUCACAUUACUAUUCAUAUAUACUGAAAAAUUGAAAUAUGUACAGGAAUCAUAUAGAACUGCAUGAAAUCAGUAAUCAUGCUUCAAAUUUGGAAUUUAAAAGCACGCCAAAAAAUUUGAGACUUAUAUCGUUGUACCUUCGGAAUAGUGUAAAUUGUAAAAUGUGUGCGGAGAUAAGUACUAGUUAUAUCGAUUGGGGCCAACUGAGUUGGGUUUACCUGAAGACGGAGACAGAAUUCAGUCUCCGAAACGUUGUUUUGUAAUAUGAACAUUAUGGUGUUUAUAGAAAAGAGAGGACGAAAUAUGUUGUCCAUAAACGUAAUAUUUAUGUAAAUAUAGUGCUGAUACGUUAACUGCAUGCGAACAAUAACGCAGAAAUAUGUAAGAAAUUUCUAUCGAUAUAUAAAUACGAAGAAGAAAUGCUUACAGUGCAAGGAAUAGGGCAAACACGCUAACACAUCCCAAGUGACUCCUUGUUUUCCUUCGCCUUAUGCACUAUGGAGAACUCGAUGCAUCCUUAAUGUCUAAUGAAUUCUUUGAAAAGUAUGUCAUCGUGUUUAUUUGGCCUCAACAUCUAUCUCAACAGCUACUAUCUAAUUAACUGGCUGUCAUCUAAUCAACAAUAAGAGCGUAACAUGAUUUGUCUCUACUUUUCGUGUAAAUUAACUGUAAUGACGUCACAUAAUUUUAUAUUCUCUUUCACGUUACUGAAAAACAGUCUCUGUUGAACAUUCAUGGAAGAAUUCUUCCACGUUCUUUGCGGGUG